AUGAGGCUCACGCCAGCCUUGUCGGUGCGAAAACUGCUGUCUCGCUUUCAACCCCCAUUCCCGCCUCAGUCACCGCGCGAAUCGAAGCACCUCCUCAACGUGCUUGAAUCGGCCUUCCAGAAACACUUGGACGAUGUACAUCCCUCGCCCAGAGUCGCCGACUCGAAAGACGGCGGCAGCGACGUAGACUCAAUCCCCAAUCCGGCACAACGCCUCGCUCAUUCCACCCACUCACACCUCGACAGCAUCCUGAGUCAUCCUCUGUUGAAGCAGAAGUCCAACUCGCUUCCCCCUCCACACAGCUUAUCGGCCACCGCGGUAGCGACUUUCGACGCUGCGUUGACGGGAAAAGGGCUUGAUCGUCACAUUGUCCAGUUCUGCACCUUACAGUACAUCGAAGGCCUGGAGAAGAAAGAGACGAUUGCCGAAAAUGGGAAACUCGGGCCCAGACUGGCCAACUGGUUCACCACCAUGGACAAGGAGGAGAAACACGUCUUCUGGACCAACAACAAGAACCUGAAAGCCCUCGUGGCGGUCAUGUACGCCGACGGUCUCGAAGCAGAAGUAUGGAUGUGGCUUCGGGAACUCUACGAUCGGCAGUACAGCUCAAAGGGCGAAGCGUCGUGGAUGCGGACCUAUUCCAUCGCCGAAGAUACGCUCGUAGCGACCAUGAUCUCUCAGACUACUGCCAGAGGGUCUCUCUCCGAGGCUGCCGAACUGUACGUCCAGGCGUCGAAGUACCGGCGAGAGAACAUGCCAAACAUGCGACCGUUGAAGCUGGCCGGACGGCGACUUUCCAUGGCCAUCCGCUCUCGGCGCAAGAGCCACGGCAUUUCAGCCGGGCUGUUCGACCAGAUCCUCGGUACGUUCCAACCUCAGCACUAUUCGGGCAUCGAACACAUCUGGCUCCGCCUCUACCAUCCGAAGUCGCCUUCGGCGGUCGAGCUGUGUUCAAAGCUUCGCAGUUCGACUUACGGCGGCCUCCUGGAUUGGCGGAACAAACAGUCGUCCCUCCACCAUCCGGUCCACAAGAUUUUUCUGGUGAACCUGCUCGACGCGGCCCAGGUCUGUCUUGACCAGAACCACCCGGCGGACGCCCGGUUCGUUCUCGACGUCGCCGAGACGGAAUACUCGGAGAUACUGUCACCCGGCAGAGAGACAGACACGCGGAAACGACUCGAACAGGCACAGGCGGCGAUGCUGAUACGACGGUUCGAAUCCCGGCGAACCUUGCAAUCGAAUGUUGCGCCAGCCGUGGCGUGA